AUGGCUGCCUCCUCUUCUUCCCAGCAAUCCAAGGUCCUCAUCCUCGAUGGUGGCCUCGGCACUUCCUUGGAAGACAAGUACGGCAUCAAGUUCGAGUCAGCCACCACGCCUCUCUGGUCUACCCAUCUUCUCGUCGAUGGCCAGGACACCCUGCUCGCCUGCCAGAAAGACUUUGGAGAUGUACCCGUUGACAUCAUCCUCACUGCCACCUACCAGUUAUCCAUUCACGGCUUUGCCAACACCCGCACUGCCCAGUUCCCCAACGGUAUCGACAAAGCCAACAUUGGCAACUUCAUCCAGGACGCCAUUCGUAUUGCCGAUGAGGCGGGACGUUCCCAAGGGAGCAAGACAGCUCUCAGCAUCGGUCCCUAUGGAGCUUGCAUGAUCCCUGGCCAAGAGUACAGCGGCGCUUAUGACGCCGACCACGAUACUCUCGAGAAGCUCCGUGACUGGCAUGCCGAGCGGCUCCAGCUGUUCCAAUCUGCCGCCGCCUUCUCUUCCCCCGUCAGCUAUGUCGCCAUUGAGACGAUCCCACGCACAGAUGAGAUCAAGGCCAGCUACGAAUCCGCUGUCAAGGAACUCAUCCAGGAGGGCGCCGUCGACGCCGCUCCCGCCCUUAUUCUCUACCCGGAUGGCACCAACGGUGAAGUCUACAACACGACGACCCAAAAAUUGUUGUGGGUGGAUGCUGCAAGGCAAGCCACGCUGAUAUUGCUCGGCUCCGAACUGCAGUAG